UGGGUUAAGAUGAUGGAGUAUAUGGAGGAUAAGUUUGCGUUGAAAAGCCAAGCGAUGAAGGCCAGCGAUUACUACAUGGACCAAGUCAUGGAGAGCCUGGACAGCGCGCAGUACUUCACCAAGUCUGCCCCGAAAUGCGUGCAGGCCUUCGGGCUGCAGGGCGGCGAACACCGCUCCUCGCCCUGCGGAGAACAAAACGCCAAUUACGGUGUGCCAAAAACAGACGACGACACUUUGCACUCGGACCUGGGGAGGUCGAUGGAUAAUUGUUGCACUCUGCGUGCGUCUCCGGUGUCUACCGGACAGGAGAAAACGGAUUUGGACGACAUGGGAGACAAAUGUGACAGUAACGUGUCCAGCAGCAAGAAGAGGAGACACCGGACGACCUUCACCAGCGCGCAGCUGGAGGAGCUGGAGAAAGUCUUUCAGAAAACUCACUAUCCAGAUGUUUAUGUGAGGGAACAGCUGGCCAUGAGGACAGAAUUAACAGAGGCCAGAGUGCAGGUGUGGUUUCAGAACAGAAGAGCAAAAUGGAGGAAAAGGGAGCGCUACGGGCAGAUCCAACAAGCCAAAACUCACUUUGCAGCCACGUACGAUUUAUCCGUGUUACCGAGGACCGACAGCUACACACAGAUUCCCAACAACCUGUGGCCGAGCCCCGCUCCCGGUGGCUCUGUGGUGUCCUCCUGCAUGCUGCCUCGAGGCUCCCCCCCCUGCGUCACCUCUUACUCGCAUUCCCCUCGUUCGGCCGCCGGAGCCGCCGAGCACGGCUACGUGAGCUUCCCUAAUCAGCAGAACCAGUUCGGCCACGUCUCCCUCAACAACUUCUUCAACGCAGACUCCCUCCUCACGCCGGCCGGCAACGGUCACCACGCCUUCGAGACCAAGCCCGAGUUCGAGAGGCGCUCGUCCAGCAUAGCUGUGCUGCGCAUGAAGGCCAAGGAGCACACGGCCAACAUCUCGUGGGCCAUGUGAUCGGGGGUCCUGUGCAUGUGUGGGGAGUCCGGAUAGUGUAUAGUGUGGGGAUUGUCCAAGGAGUCUGAAAUCAUAUUCAAAACAAGCUGUUUGUCUCCCGACAUUAUCCUUCAUCCACAGACCAGAUGUCACCUAUAUCCAUCAGGUCUGCAGUGAGAGGGGCGAUGCUGUUUACAUCUGCAUCCUGACGUGAGCUGCUGGGACGAGGAGUUUAGAUCUGGGUAACAUACGUCAGAAGAUCAAGCUUGUAACAAAAGAAAAUGAAAUAGCCAUAAUGUUGUGUGACAGACAAUCAGCUGUGUAUUCACAGUAUGGUGGAUCGGUAUCAUUAAAAUACUCGAGACACUCGAGGUGUAGAUGGUCGAGACCUUCGUGUAGCUUCACUAAAGCAAUACGUUCAUAUCAGGGUGACGUCCGUCAGUCCUUCUGCUCCGACCACACGCUCGAUGCUCUGUGGAGCUGAGAGCUGCGAUGUGAAUCAGCUGUCUUUGUUGUUGUUGUCUUUAGUGGGGAGUCCUCAGUGUGGGUACAUGUGGAUCCAGAGGGAGGGGUCCCAAACCACUGCAGCAUCCUCUAAGCACUGUGAAUAAGCUUUCUUUACCCACGCCUUUCAUCUUCCUCCCUCCUUCCAGCUCAGGACUGAAGACGAGCAGCGUGGAGACAAAGUAACUUGACGUGCUGACGUGUCCGUGUGCUUUGCAGCAAAGCUCUGUGAUCUCUGUCGUCUGCCUCUGCUGCGUGUCAGCGGUGCACAACGCAGGCAGAGGAGGCAGCUUUUAAUAUUGUUUGUACAUUUAUAU